AUGGGCCUCCAGCACUCCUUAAACAGCAGCAAAGACUUCCAGAGCUCUCAGUCACAGAUGGUAAGAGGAAGUCUGACAACUGCUCGGAAGGAGAGUACAGGGGUUUGUUUGCUGGGGUUCGUUUGCUGGGGUCCAUUUGCUGGCGCUUGGUGCAAGCCACUUGUAACUUUGCCCAUAAACAGAUCCAGGGCAAUCUCAAGUCUCCCUGGUAGCUACUUUGAGAAGAGCUACUUUGAGAAGUCUGCCAUUUACACACAUGGCAGCCCAGAGGCCAUCCACCACCUUCACAGACAUAAAAAGAGAAACUGUGUCACAUUGGAAAAGUCGCUCAAUGGCUCUCUGAGCCUCCCAUGGUGCUAUGCUAGGAACUGUGGAGACACAGACCAGGAGGAUGAGCUGCCCUCCUUCUUCUGGGGCGAAUACAGGCACACGAAUGAGAGCUGUACAAGAUGGGCUGUGACGAGGGCCAGAGAGAUGGCUCAGCCCAGGAAAAAACAGAGAAGAAGCUACCUUCAGAUGGAUGAGUCAGUGAAUGCCUAUGAAGAGAAAUUAUAUUCAUUCCAUAAACACCUAUUAAGCUUCUGCUAUGGGCCAAGCACUGUGUUAGACACUCGGAAUCCAAAAAGAAAAGAAAGAAAGAAGGAGGAAAGGGCGCCUAGAGCAAUAAAUGUAGAUCUUCAAAGUGAUGCUGCCCUGCAAGUGGAUAUUUCUGAUGCUCUUAGUGAGAGGGAUAAAGUGAAAUUCACUGUUCAUACAAAGAGUUCAUUACCAAAUUUUAAACAAAAUGAAUUUUCUGUUGUUCGACAACAUGAGGAGUUUAUAUGGCUUCAUGAUUCCUUUGUUGAAAAUGAAGAUUAUGCAAGUUACAUUAUCCCACCAGCACCACCAAGACCUGAUUUCCAUGCUUCAAGAGAAAAACUACAGAAACUUGGUGAAGGAGAAGGGUCAAUGACUAAAGAAGAAUUCACAAAGAUGAAACAAGAACUAGAAGCUGAGUAUUUGGCAAUAUUCAAGAAGACAGUUGCAAUGCAUGAAGUCUUCUUGUGUCGUGUUGCAGCACACCCUAUUUUGAGAAAAGAUUUAAAUUUGCAUGUCUUUUUGGAAUAUAAUCAAGAUUUGAGUGUACAUGGAAAAAAUAAGAAAGAGAAACUUGAAGAUUUCUUUAAAAAUAUGGUUAAGUCAGCAGAUGGUGUCAUUGUUUCAGGGGUAAAGGAUGUAGAUGAUUUCUUUGAACAUGAACGAACAUUCCUUUUAGAAUAUCACAAUCGAGUUAAAGAUGCAUCUGCUAAAUCAGAUAGGAUGACAAGGUCCCAUAAAAGUGCUGCAGAUGAUUACAAUAGAAUUGGAUCUUCACUUUAUGCAUUAGGAACACAGGAUUCUACAGAUAUAUGCAAAUUUUUUCUUAAGGUUUCAGAAUUGUUUGAUAAGACAUGGAAGAUAGAAGCACGAGUAUCUGCUGAUGAGGACCUCAAACUUUCUGACCUUUUAAAAUAUUACUUAAGAGAAUCUCAAGCUGCUAAGGACCUCUUGUACAGAAGAUGUAUGUCACUAGUGGAUUAUGAAAAUGCUAAUAAGGCAUUGGAUAAAGCAAGAGCCAAAAAUAAAGAUGUUCUACAGGCUGGAACCUCUCAGCAAGUGUGUUGUCAGAAAUUUGAAAAGAUAUCAGAAUUUGCAAAACAAGAACUUAUUGACUUUAAGACAAGAAGAGUUGCUGCAUUCAGAAAAAAUUUAGUGGAACUGGCAGAACUGGAACUAAAACAUGCAAAGGGUAAUUUACAGCUGCUACAAAGCUGCUUAGCAGUGCUAAAUGGAGAUAUAUAAACUGCAUUCCAUGAUCUGGUUAACAAGGGUUGCCUUCCUUUUGCA